GUCGUUAUGCAGAGUGCGGGGCGUGCCGGUAACUACCCCGGAUGUGAUAGACCAUGUGCAGUGGUCCGGUGUCGUCUCGCCCCACACGGUCAGUCCUCUCUUAGUUACAUCACGCCGUGUUGCAGAACGUGUAGCAGCUCCACACUCUCCACCUCCACAGACAUGUUUCGUCUCCCAACAGUUAUGAGGCAGGUGAGGCCCGUGUGCCGGGCGCUCGCCCCUCACCUCACACGGGCCUACGCCAAAGACGUGAAGUUCGGAUCCGACGCUCGCGCCCUCAUGCUGCAGGGAGUCGACCUGCUGGCUGACGCCGUGGCCGUCACCAUGGGUCCCAAGGGUCGCAACGUCAUCAUCGAGCAGAGCUGGGGCAGCCCCAAGGUCACCAAGGACGGCGUGACGGUGGCUAAGAGCAUCGACCUGAAGGACAAGUUCCAGAACAUUGGCGCCAAGCUGGUGCAGGACGUGGCCAACAAUACCAACGAGGAAGCCGGCGACGGCACCACCUCCGCCACGGUGCUGGCCCGCGCCAUCGCCAAGGAGGGCUUCGACAGCAUCAGCAAGGGCGCCAACCCGGUGGAGAUCCGCCGCGGCGUCAUGAUGGCCGUGGAGACCGUCAUCGCCGAGCUGAAGAAGCUCUCCAAGCCGGUCACGACCCCCGAGGAGAUCGCACAGGUUGCUACGAUCUCGGCUAACGGAGACUUGGAGAUCGGGAACAUCAUCUCCAACGCCAUGAAGAAAGUCGGCCGCAAGGGAGUCAUCACAGUCAAGGACGGGAAGACGCUGCACGACGAGCUGGAGAUCAUCGAGGGCAUGAAGUUCGACCGUGGUUACAUCUCCCCGUACUUCAUCAACACCGCCAAAGGUCAGAAGUGCGAGUUCCAGGACGCCUACCUGCUGCUGAGUGAGAAGAAGAUCUCCACCGUCCAGAGCAUCGUGCCGGCCCUGGAGAUCGCCAACCAGCACCGCAAACCUCUGGUCAUCGUGGCUGAGGACGUGGACGGAGAAGCUCUGAGCACCUUGGUCCUCAACAGGCUGAAGGUUGGGCUUCUGGUGGUCGCUGUUAAGGCCCCGGGCUUCGGAGACAACAGGAAGAACCAGCUGAGGGAUAUGGCCGUGGCCACCGGGGGCACUGUGUUUGGAGAUGAUACUCUGGGCGCCGCCCUCGAAGACAUCCAGGCUCACGACUUCGGUAAGGUCGGCGAGGUGCAGAUCACCAAAGACGACACCUUACUGCUGAAGGGCGGCGGUAGCGCGGCCGAGGUGGAGAAGCGUGCGGCGGAGAUCAUCGAGCAGCUGGAGAACACCACCAGCGACUACGAGAAGGAGAAGCUCAACGAGCGGCUCGCCAAGCUAUCCGACGGCGUGGCCGUGCUCAAGAUCGGAGGAACGAGUGACGUGGAGGUGAACGAGAAGAAGGACCGCGUGACAGACGCUCUGAACGCCACCCGGGCGGCUGUGGAGGAGGGAAUCGUCCAAGGCGGAGGCUGCGCUCUGCUGCGAUGCAUCCCGUCGCUGGACAGCAUCAUACCUGCCAACAAUGACCAGAAGAUGGGUGUGGACAUCAUCAGGCGGGCGCUGCGUAUCCCCGCCAUGACCAUUGCCAAGAACGCAGGGGUGGAGGGUUCGCUAGUGGUGGAGAAGAUCCUGCAGGGGUCGGUCGACAUCGGCUACGACGCCAUGCUGGGAGAGUACGUCAACAUGGUGGAGAAGGGCAUCAUCGACCCCACCAAGGUGGUGAGGACGGCGCUGCUGGACGCCGCGGGCGUGGCCUCACUGCUCGCCACCGCCGAGGCCGUUGUCGUGGAGCUCCCCAAGGAGGAGAAGGAGAUGGCGGGAGGCAUGGGCGGGAUGGGAGGCAUGGGCGGGAUGGGAGGAGGCAUGGGUUUCUAAACCGACCUCUCCUGACACUCGUUGCUGUACAGACUUGACGGGCAGAGUGGUGCUGAGGAGCGACCACCUCCACCAGACUCCGCCCACACUGACUGGCCAUCAGUACCUUGUUGGAGCCGCCCCCACCUCCAACCUCCACCUUCAUCCUAUUUAAUUCUGCCUCCUGCCUCUUUUCCUGGAGGAUCUGACCCAGUCGGGACGAGGAGACGACCCCACCGACACCGUCGAGCUCGGUUCCUCCACCUGAACCGUCUCAACGGCUCCGCCCAACCAACCGUCUGUAAACUCAUAGUUCAUCGUGUCACAUGGUCAUAAGUGGUGAAACACAGUAAACGUAUUGACGCGCCGCCCCAACAGAGCAGAAUGAAAAUGGAAUAUCUAGGAAUGUGUCCUUUAUUUGAUGUCUUUGUAGUAUUUUGUCAAUUCUCUUUUUUUUAUAUAUACAUAUCUUCUGUCAUGUUUUUUUUUUUACCCCCAGCUAAUAAUAAUUAUGCAAUGUGGGUUAAAAAUCUGUCAUUUUGAUUUAAUUAAACCAUUUUUUCGUACGGAGCCUGUACGUUUUCUGUGUCUCUGAAGUGACGUCACUUAAUUUUUUUUGUGAUGGAAGAAAAAAAUGAAUAAUAAAAUCCCUUGUUGCCAUGCCGACAGUGAAGCGCUGUCACCAGGGGCCCUGUUUGAAAUAAUGUUAAGGUAAAGUGUUUACGGAGACGCCUGGUGCCUCUUGAAUCUGUGUGCGUUUGUUCUCAUGCAUGAAGUCGGUGAUGCUGAUUGUACGAAACUGGACCGUGUGACGUCUCGGCUACGAACCUGCGACGUCUUCGUGCCGUUUUAACGCCGAGCGGAGACCACGCCUCCUCCUCCCCCGCUGCUUCGACUGCGAUGCACAGAAAACUAGUUUUCUUACAUAAAAAGAUAAUCUCAAUAAGGGGGCCGGCUGUAGCUUUUCCACAUAAAUACAUUAAUUCCUUCUGACAAGUAGCUGUGAUGGUUCUGUUUUGUACAAUGUGUAGACGUUGAUUAACGGUGAUUCAUUCUUUUUUUUAUUUAAUAAACUCAAUUGUUCUGAUGUUUA